AAUACGAAGGGCCUGUUCGUAAUCACCCGCUCCCAGAAUCUGUGGAGCGGGGAAACCACAACUCCUUCGAUUUGAACAACAGCUCCGCCAACUCCGCUCGUGGCGUUGUGGAGCGGAGGGAUACCGAACAGGGCGUUAGUUAGCAAAAUGCAUGCUGCCUGCCUUGAGAGGGCAAUGCAUUUUAGUGUCAAGAUAGCUGGCAUUGCGAAAUCUGAAGCUCCACCGAUGAUGCAAUUCCCCGAGUACCAAGUGUUACAGGGCCAGUGAUCUUUCUUAGUCACCCCAAGCAAAGGCUGAAGGUAAUUUGAUGUGACCGCGGAAUCGUAGUACUUAUUGCAGAUCUCCAAGGGUUCCAGAGAGUAAUGGCAGGUGACCGCUCAAGGUCUUCUGUUGGUUAGCUGUUGUUCAGGCAUCUCUGUUUCCCUGAUGCUGAUAGAACCUAACCACUUUAUGGUUGUAUGCUGCGCAACCACUCAGGAGGUUUUAUGGUCAUUGUCAGGAUGUUUCACUCAACAGUUUUUGUGGUUACCAUUUCAGCCGUGCCCCAACGGCAAGGGUACCCGUCGCGUUCUCCAGUCUCCACCAUGCCUAGUCUUGUCUUGUGUUGUACUAUGUUUUUGUUGCUUCUUAAUAUUAAAGCAGCGCUACCCAUUCUGUGCUUCUUAUCAGUGGCAGCUUGUUUCGCAGUUUGCUCAACUUCAAUAUGCUGCUUCACAUAUUACUUCUUGGCCUUAUUUCCACCCUACAGAUUCCUGCAUCCUCUGCUGCCAUUGACUCCAUUGCACCAGGCCAAGGACUUGUUUGCGGUGUCGGUGACAAGCUUGUCUCCCUAGAUGGCAAGUUUGCGCUUGGCUUCUUCCAACCAGGCAGUAAGUCCCGCAACACCUUGAAUUGGUACCUAGGCAUUUGGUUUAAUAAAGUCCCCAAGAUAACUCCGGUGUGGGUCGCAAACCGUGAUGAUCCAAUCACACAGCCAGCUUUAGUUAGGUUCACAAUUUCCCAAGAUGGCAAUCUUGUCAUCUUGGAUCAAGCCACCAAUUCCAUGAUCUGGUCUAGCGGAGUUAGUAUCAGAACCAACACCACCAUGGCCAUGCUCAUGAACAGUGGAAACCUUGUCCUACAAAAUGCCUCAAAGUCAUCCGACAUUUUAUGGCAGAGUUUUGAUCACCCAACAAAUACUUUUCUCCCUGGUGCAAAGAUCGGCCAAGACAAGGUCACUGGUUUGACUCGCCGUCUUGUUUCCGGAAAGAACUUGAUUGACCCAGCUCGUGGUCGUUACUGUUAUGAGUUAGUUCCUAACAGGUUGAUCCUUACACUUUUGAACUCAUCGAUAGCAUACUGGUCUAGCGGGGAAUGGAAUGGACAGUAUUUUAGCUCCAUUCCAGAGAUGUUAAGCCGCAGCUUGAUAGACUUCAAGUUUGUCAACAACACAAAUGAAGAGUACUUCACAUUCACCUUACUGAAUGACACGAUGAUCAUGCAUCAUCUACUUGAUGUUUCUGGUCAAAUGAAGACUUUAAUCUGGGAUGAGGUCUCGCAGGGUUGGUUAGGUUCCUACUCCAACCCCAAAGCUCAGUGUGAUGUCUAUGCUCUCUGUGGACCAUUCACUGUGUGCGAUGAUAACUCAGCUCCAUAUUGUAGCUGUAUGAAGGGCUUCUCCAUAAGAUCCCCAGAGGAUUGGGAGCAAAAUGAUAGAAGCGGUGGAUGCGUGAGAAAUACUCCUUUAAAUUGUGGCAGUAACAGGAGUACUGCAGGAAUGACUGAUGAAUUCUACUCCUUGUCCAAUGUGAAAUUGCCUCAGAAUGCUGACAACAUAGGCGCUGCUAUCAGUGCUAGAGAAUGCGCAGAAGUUUGCCUGAGAAAUUGCUCUUGCACUGCGUAUUCUUGCACUGACAGUCAAUGCUCCAUUUGGCAUGAGGAACUCCUCAAUGUAAAACAGCAGCAUGCUGACACUACCGAUACAAAUGAUGGCGCAGUUCUUUAUCUUCGCCUUGCUGCAAAAGAGAUGCAAACUCAGAAACCUGACAGAAGAGUGGCCACUCGGAUUUUGUCAGCUGCCAUUGUCACCGCACUGGGGUUGCUGGCACUCAUAUUGCUAGUUCUUCUACUGAUGAUUCGGAGGAACAAUAGGGAUUGGUCUGGUGGUACACUGAAAAAUCCUCAAGACGGUGGUGGAAUUAUUGCAUUUAGAUACAUUGAUUUGCAGAGGGCAACAAGAAAUUUCUCCGAGAAGCUAGGUGCCGGCGGCUUUGGUUCUGUGUUCAAGGCAUAUCUGACCGACUCAGCUACAAUGGCAGUGAAAAGGCUUGAUGGUGCUUGUCAAGGAGAAAAACAAUUCAGGGCUGAGGUGACUUCAGUUGGAGUUAUACAACAUAUCAAUUUAGUUAGACUGAUCGGUUUCUGUUGCGAGGGUGAACGGAGGUUACUUGCAUAUGAGCACAUGCCAAAUCGUUCUCUUGACAUCCAUCUAUUUCAGGACAACAACACAGUUUUAAACUGGGGAACCAGGUAUAAAAUAGCUCUGGGAGUUGCUAGAGGGCUGGCUUACCUGCAUGAGAGCUGCCAAGACUUGAUCAUACACUGUGAUAUCAAGCCACAAAAUAUACUUCUUGACACGUCGUUUGUUGCUAAAAUUGCUGACUUUGGUAUGGCCAAGUUAAUAGGGAGGGAUUUUAGCCGGGUUCUGACUACAACAAGAGGAACUGCAGGAUACCUUGCACCCGAAUGGAUAAGCGGGGUUGCUAUCACGGCAAAAGUCGAUGUUUAUGGUUAUGGGAUGGUGCUAAUGGAAAUAAUAUCAGGAAGACAGAAUUCAUUUGAACAAUACAGUGUAGGUGGUGACUGUGCUGUUUUCUUCCCUGUGCAUGCUGCGCAAAUGCUUCUCGAGGGAGAUGUGGCAAGCUUGGUGGAUGAAAAAUUAUCGGGUGAUGUAAAUCUAGAGGAGGCUGAACGGCUAUGCAAGGUUGCUUGUUGGUGCAUUCAGGAUGAUGAGUUUGAUCGGCCGACGAUGGGCGAAGUUGUUCGUAUUCUAGAGGGCCUAUCUGAUCUUGAUACGCCUCCCAUUCCAAGACUACUUCAGGCCAUUACAAGGAGGAGCUCUCACCCCCCUUCCACCUACCUCUCUAAUGAAUCAGAAUAAUGAAGAUGCAACAUGGCGUACAUCAGAAAAACAUCUAUUCCCUCCGGUCCAAAUUAAUUGACUCAGACUUAGUACAAGGUUAAUAUGAACCGGAGGGAGUACUAAUAUAUACGAAACAUAGUAUGAAAGUCUGAGGGAGCAAGAAGAAUGACACCAUAUAUCUGUGUAAUUUAAGCUUUACUCUGUAGUCUGUACCAGGUGUGUAAAAUAUCUGUCCAAUCGUUCUAAUCUACAGUCUGAAAUAAAAUUCGUCAAAAGCUCA